GCGCCACCUCUCGCUGGCCAUGGAGAACAUGUCUGCUCAACCGCAGCUACAUAGAUCCUCUCCGGAAAAGCCUUGCUUCUGACAAUGGUCCAGGCCCUAAACGCGCCCGACGACGCGCCCGCCCGCGACCACACUGUAAGGAGGACCGACACCGGCGCUGCUGUGGCUCCCUUAUCGCCGACUUCGGAACCAGCCAUCACCGCUUCACCAAGUGAAUGCCAGCCGAAACCGGAUUCUGGCGCUCAUCUCUCGGCGGCCAGUGGCGUCACUACGCGCACUGUCGGCACGGAAGCCAGCGAGCCGUACUGGGUGCUCGCCGUCGUUCUCCUUGCGGUGGUGCUCAUUGUCACUCUGGCCGGAAGCUUCCCCUACGUGUCCAAGACGUCCCGUCAGCAGUGCAAGGCUCGCGCGUGCCGCCAGCUCUCCGCCGUCCUCCAGGAGAGCCUCGACCUGAGCGUCCGCGCCUGCGACAACUUCUACCGACACAUCUGCAAUGGCUGGGUGGCCAAUGCUGAAAGGGGAUUGAGCGUGUUCGACGAGAUCGCCUUCCAUCUGCGCGAGUCCAUCGGCCACGAUGCGCUGGCUGCCGCCGCGAACCGUUCGAAGGCUGCGGCGACCCAAGCGGCACCCGCUGCGAGGGCGGCCGCCAGCGACAAGGCGGCGCUGUUCUACCGCAGCUGCGUGCUGGCUCCGGCGAACCCCGCGAGCGAGCUGGCGUGGCUGAAGGACGUGCGCCGAGAGAUGGGCAUCUCGUGGCCCUACCUGUACCCGCUGCGCCGCCAGACCGGCGACGCCGCCGACGGCGCUCGGCUCGUCCUCGAGGCGCUCGUCAACGCGUCCGUGCGCUGGGGCUUUCCCGUGUGGUUUGACGUUGCCGUGAGCCUCUCCAGGCCAAGAACGGUGGUGAUAGAGACACUUACCGGCUUCCCACGUCAGCCCGACAUUGAAGUGUGGUCAACGAUUCGCGUUUACCGCUCCCAGUUCGAGCGGCUAGUGCUGGCCAUGUACAAGCUCUUCACCAAAAGCGACGUCGUGUACGACAACAUUGAACCAUUUUUGAGUUCGCACUGGCAUGUCCAGAGUUUUGUCAACAAUGCAAACAAAGCCCGCGACAUCGGUCGCUUCGACAGUCUGGCCACGUUUGCGGCGAACCUUACCGCCAACAUAACGGCGCAAGCUUGGGCCGACGUGCUGUCAGCGGCUCUGGAUGUUCGCCUGACCGUGGAGGACACGCCAGUAAUUGUCAUCGGGGCGCCCUUUCUGGCCACCUUUAACCGUAUGCUUCUGGAGCUGAACGCUGACUCCUUGCUGCUUUACUUGGGAUGGGCUUUUCAGCUGUCCAUGGCCCGCGUGUUGUCCCGCGAAGUUGCAGCGUCGAUCAACGGCAGAGGCCUCCCUAACGCAGACAUGGCCGACUACUGCUUCCUGUUGACUGAGCACCUCCUCGGGUUUGCGCUCACGGCGCCUGCGCUGCACUCAAAUGUGGACACCGACCGAAAACAAGCUGCGGAAGCCACGUACAAUUUCAGCACAAGCCACUUCCGUAAAGCCCUGCAAGCGUCUCCCUGGAUGGACGACAAUGCCACCAAAUUGCGAACCUUUGCUAGUCUCACGGCCUUGCAACUCGAUUGGACGGUCGACGAGCAUCUGCCUUGGGAAAAGCUCUACGCGUCCGUCCCACCGGUGACACACGAUUCGUUCGUGCCCAAUUGGAGGCUCCUGGUUCAAGCCAGGAGUGCCAUUCGCUCAAGUAUGCUGGCCAUGAACGCCCGUUACCACUCGAUUGACGAGGAUGGCCGGUUGGACGAGAUGACCCAUCGUUUGACCGUUCCUGUAGCCCGGCUUCAGCCACCCUUGUUCUACGGCGUGCAAGAACCCAGCGUCGCUGUGGCUCUGCUAGGGUCUUGGUUCACGAGAAAGGUGGCCCAGCACGUAUUCCACGCUGAUUGGCUUAUUUCCGAGAAAACCAAGGAGAGGUACGACAGCGCCACGGCUUGCUUCGAGCCAGACUUCGGGGGAAACUCGUUGUCACGUGAGGAGAUGGCCGCGAUCUGGCACCUGGAGCCGACGCGACGCGCCUUCCUCGCGUCCAACACUUCGAUGCCAGGCGUGACGAGCGCCGAGCUGCGUCUUCCCGGUCUCGAGAUGCUCCAGGGCGAGCAGAUAUUCUUCGCCUUGCUGUGCUUCACUUUGUGUGGUGGCAUGGUGGCCAAAGCGGAUGCAACCGGAUGGGCGGUCAGCGGAGAGAAGCUCUGCAACGUCCCGCUGAUGCACAGCACGCACUUUGCAGACGCCUUCCAAUGCCCUGCGGGAUCUCCCAUGAAUCCCGAGUUCAAAUGCACUUUCUGGUAAUAUAAGUAGGCCGCAAUUUAAUAGUAAUAACAGUAACAAUUAUAGUCACCCGAUCAAUCAAACCUUUAUUAUAGUGUCCAAGAGCAGCUAAGCCUUUGUGCUGGGGCACACGUGGAGUAAUACACAAGACACAAUGUGCGGUAAAGACAAAUGUGGUAUACAAAGCGAGGAGCCAUGCCUGAAAAGACGCUAAUCAUAAAACGCGAUCAUUUUAACUUGUGCCAAGCACAGGGAAGGAACUCAUAAAUAUAUUAACACAAUCAAAAUGUAGAGUGCCAUAGGACAGUCCAUAUUGCAACCACUUCGCGCUCACAACACGGAAUGCUGCCUGGUGAACUUUUGGGGGAUGGGAAAUCGUACGAGAUACGAAGUGCUUUUAUCAAUGUUCCGCGCCAUGUUGUGAAGGUACAAUAAAGGUCAGAUUUAA